AUGGAAGUUGUGAGUAAUAUUCAGAGUGACUUCCACAGCACCAAAGAGUCUUUCAUAAGCCCUCCAUCCCUUCGUCUGGACAGUUUUGUGGAGGAGGCCCAGCAAAAAACUGAUGUUCCCAAUCACCUCCUGGAAUCAAAGAUUUAUACAAAGCUAGUAAGAAAUAAUGCUAUACAGGCUAAACCUGCCAUCAUGCAUUAUGGAGGAUUUGAGUUAGAAAAACAUCAUCAGCAGUGCUGAAAACUGAUAAAUAUUUCCGGAGUUAUAAACAUUCAUAUUAUUCCGCCGGAGACAAGACUAUUUCCAGAUCAAAUAUACAAAAUUCAGCGGCUUGUCCCUGGCUUGUCCUUUACAGUAAUGGUUGAUUUUUGCCCUGAUGAAUGGCGAUACUAUCACGACUGCAUCCGAAUCCAUUCUCAGGGAGAUGAAACUUUGCUGAUCCCUCUCCAUGCCUAUCCUGUGAUGAAUAAUGUAGACUUUCCAUCCUACAUUAAUUUGUCGGAUGUUCCUUUGGGACAAUGUAAGCCCUAUGUGAUCCCACUGCAGUGUAGCUGCCCCAUAGAUUUUGAGUUUCAGAUUGAGUAUCUUCAAUCCCACAAAGCAUUUACAGUACAACCCAUGUCAGGAAUAAUUCCAUCCAGUGGGAAAGCAGAAGUGAUGGUUACAUUUGCACCUUUUGAAUAUGGGACAGCCCAAAUAAAAAUCCAAUUGUGGAUUUCGCAGUUUGACUCAAAACCUUACAGUUGUACAUUCACGGGAACAUCUAUCCCGCACCUAAACGUAAUAAGAGGAGAUUUGGAGAACCAAGAGUCAGUUUUGAAAAGAAUACCAAAGUCUGCUGAAAAAGCAGUGUUGUGGCUUCCACAGAAAACACUAUCACCGGAAGACAAAAAGCCCAAACCACUACAAAAAGGACAGACUAUUGAAUAUAAAAACUUGAGAUUCCCUGUUGAUUUGUCAAAUCCUUACGCUGUGGGAACAGUUUUGAUUCAGGAACCAGGCAAAUUGAAGAUUAAACAGUUAAGGGAAGUCCUAGGAGGACAAGGUGAUGGAGGAACUAAAACACGACAGAUAAAAGAAGCCGUUUUUCAACUAAAAGUCAAACAGGAUAUACAAGAAGAGGAAAUUAAUCAACUUAAGUGGCAAGUUCAUUUAGGUAAAGAUCCAAUAUGUCCAACUCUUCAAAAGCAAAUCCAUGAAGAUCGACUGAAAGAAGAAGAACUUUACAAGAUUAAAAGAAGAGACCCCAUUCUGGAGAAGGAGUGAAGAAAGCAUAUCGAAAUCUCUCUGAAACGUAUCGUCCGACACGUUAAUGAGCGUCCCCGGUUUCAGCCUACUUUCGACCUUCUGCUUAAUAAUCCUUGGUAUCACAAGCACAGAAUUCAGCAGCGAUUCCAACAAGCUGCACGAAAGGUCCUGAUUCAGAUUCGGCUAGAUAAAGUGAUAAAUUUGCUUCAUAACGUAUUUAAGCGGUACAAAGAACAAGAAGAGGAAGAGAAGAGAUUGAUAUCAGAAUGCAGCAGUUUUAAAACAUCCAGCACCGCUGCUAUAAACGAAGAGGAGAAGAGAAUGCCUUUUGCCUUGAUUGCAGCUCGAAUACAGCCAUUUGAAUUCCCUACUUACAAUCCACCACAAUGGGCUGAUGAACUGAUAAUCCUGUUAAAGGUGGCUAUGAAAAUAAAACAGCUCCACCAUUUUUUUUACCUCAAGGUACCCCAGCAUUUCAGUAGCAUGGCAUAUCAACCAUUCUGUGUACAUCAAGCAGCCACUAGUUACAAGGUUCCAAAAUAUUCUCAAACUCUGAAGUCAGGUGCAGAGGAAGAGCUGAUUCCACUAAUACCUGCCUCUGAAGAAGAAUCCUCAGCUGCACAGGCUGCAGAAUGGGACACUUCCCUCUUAAACCUGAAAGCCCCAGAAGCUUUGCUUCAUCCUCCAAACCAUCAUCCACUUCAAAUUUUUAAUCCUUGUCCAGGACUGUUUGAUCUCAAGCUACCCCUGCCCUAUACAGAAACCAACAUGGAAUAUCACAUUUGCCCUCUUCCAAAAUUUCCAAAUUGCAAUAAAUACCCAAACGGCACUACACUUACACAAAAGACGUUUCUUCUCACAGGGGAAGUGAUUCGUGGUGUGACUAACUGGAGAAUCCCAUCAGUUACCAAUUCAACCUUAUCGGCCAUACCACCUCUGAAUAGCUUGGUAAUGCCAUUUUGCACUGAUCCUUAUAACCCCGACGUACUUCCAGAUGUUGCUCCUCCAAUUCUGCAUGAGUUACCACAACAAGACAAGGAAAAUGUGGUGGACGAAGCAAUUGAAGGAGAGGCUGCCGUCUUUCUUACACCACAGAUGAUGAAAGCUGAAUUUCCACAGAUUGACGUCUUAGCAGAAGACAAUAAAUCAAAAGAGGAAAGUGAAGGAAAUGCAGAAGUGAAAGUUGGUUCUUUUACAUCUCUAUAUAAAUCUGUGCCUGUUUCCAGUGAUGUGAGGGACAUUGUGGAUUCAUAUAUUGUGAGUCAGAAAAAUAUAUAUGGCCGAAAGAUUUCAGAAACUACGGAGAAACUGAAAGAGAAGACAAUUGACAAGACUAUGAUCCUAAAGUAGAUUGUCUCCUUGGGACAGGCUUGAAUGUUUUAAGUGUCGUUCAUAUUUUUAUGCUUCUUAUAAUAUGAGUCACCCAGUAGGGACACCCAACAUUCUAGUGAUUCAGGAACAAAACAUUCCAGAGAGCUCCACAACAUUCUGUUUCCCCUCUAGAUUAUGUCAAACCCAGGAGAAAUGGAACAUUCUAGUGUUUUUCCUACUUCUAAAAUGUCAUAUUUUGCUGAUCCUUAGUGCCCUACUGUUAUACUUCCAUGCAAUAUACUAUAACUUUGCAAAUUAAAUUGUAUUUGUGCAGGAGCUUCUGCUACACAAAAUGAAGCAUAUAUUUCCUAGCUACUGAGAUCAACUUUGUAUGUUAGCACAGGAAUGAGUGUCAAAUAAGUUGUUACGUGUUUGAUAAUCCUCCUUGGAUAAUUGCCAAUUUGAUCCUCUGUGUUCCUUUUUUCUUACUCUCAUUUCCUAUGUGGCCUCUUUAAUUAUUGCUGUUAAUAUGUAUAUUUAUCCAUUCCGUUAAUAUUCCUAGACUGGCCAGUGUAUACAUAAACCCACCUAAACUAUUUUUAUAUCUGUGCACAUAUAGUGUUGUCAGUCUCCUAUGAAUGAACAUUUACUGCUUUUCAAUAAAAUGUAGAGAAAGUACUACAUUCUAUA